GUCUUGAAAACUUUUAAGAAGUUAGCAUCGGUUGUUGGCAAAGUAGUAAAUUGUAUUCUAAUAACAAUUAUAAUUUCUCACUUAAAGAUCAAUUAUUAUAUAUUUGCGAAUAUUUGUAGAAACACAAAAAAAAAGAGAACACAUUUUAAAAAUUAAUAAAUAAAUGUGCAAUAACAGCAAAUUAUUAUAUAUUUAAAAUAAAUUUUUUAUUGUUACAUAUUAAAAAAAAAGUCCAAAAUUAAAUGUUCCCUUAAUUGGUGAAAAGUGUUUUAUAAAUGGAAUUGUUUGUUUCAAUUAUUUAAUUCAUUAAAUAAUUAUUGAAAAAAGCUGUGGAAAUACAAAUUUGGAUUUAAUAUUGGAAUGUUUGGUUAAACAUAAUUAAACACUUCUGAUGUUAUCACUUAUAAAUGGCGCCAAAUUCUGAACUAACCUCAACAAUUAUGGAAACACCUGUAGAACAAAUGUCAACGAAUACGGAUAAAUUUAUAGUGAAAUAUCGUAAAAAUUAUUAUGAUAUAUCGGAAUUUCUACACAAACAUCCGGGAGGUAUUAACACUCUUAAAGGUUUACAAAAUGCCGAUAUGACAAAUCGUUUUAUGAAAGCCCCGCCACACUCGGAUGCUGCCAUGUAUUUAAUGCAGGAAUAUAAAAUUGGAGCCCAGGAAACAAAGUCUCAAACGAACAAAUUAAAUGGUCAUAUAAGAACAGAAUUAAAGGAAAAUAUAGAAAUUAUAGAAGAAUAUGAACAUGAUGACAAUAAUAACAGCCGAAGUGAUAAAAACAGUAGCAGCAGCAGCGGUCUAAUUGAUGAAAGUAUGGAGCACUUAGUUGAUUGGUCGCAGGCAAUGUUACCGCAAAUUCCCCGUAUAACACAAUACUAUGAUGACUGGGUGCAUAAACCGGUAGAUAGGCCUCUAAGGCUAUUCGCACCCUGGUAUUUGGAAAUGUGUACGAAAACUCCCUGGUGGUUGGUGCCCACUUUUUGGCUGCCCGUCAUAACAAAACUAAUAUACAAUGAAUUUAUACAUGAUAUACAAAGGCAAAAUACUUUAAAGUUAACCCUCUUAACCCUGUACUUUUUAGUGGGCAUAUUAUUUUGGACAUUUCUGGAGUAUGCUCUGCAUCGUUAUGUCUUUCAUAUGGAAGUCAAGCCGAAUAGCCAUCCUGCACUAUGUACUUUACAUUUUAUGAUACACGGUUUACAUCAUAAGGUGCCCUUUGAUCCCAUGCGUUUGGUAUUUCCUCCACUGCCGGGUGUUAUUUUAGCUACUAUAGUUUAUGCUCCUUUAUCGUUAGUAUUACCUCGUCCUCGGGUAAUAUUGGCAGGUGCUUUAUUUGGUUAUUUAUGCUAUGAUAUGAUCCACUAUUAUUUACACUAUGGUAGUCCUAGUGUUAAACAUUUAUAUCACAUGAAACGUUAUCAUUAUCAACAUCAUUUUGCCCAUCAAAAUAUGGGCUAUGGUAUCUCGAGUCCUUUAUGGGAUUUUGUUUUUAAUACAAGAAUACAUUUAAGAAAGUUAAGGUUUCAUUUAAAGUGGAAAUAAAUCAUGAUAGUUUUUUAGAAUCUAAUUUAAAUGUAAUCGGAAAUGUAGGAGAUUUCAAUUUUAUUCUUUAAUUGAUUUCUAAAUUAUAUAGAAGGAAGUAAAUUGUUCCUUUUUUUAUUAAAUUUUUAUUAUUUAGUUUUUACUUUGUUAUAGUUUUAUAUAAAUUGAAUUCCUAAACAUUCCCGUUUAUAUUUACCGUCUGUUUAUUGUUUAUCGAAAGAAUAGUGAAUAAAAAUCAUUCACUUUUUCUUCGAGUUCAAGUUAUAGACCGUAAUUUUAGGUAGUUUGUAAGUUGUUACUUAUUUAAGUGAAUUUUUAUGAACAAAAAUUAAACCAUAUUUGUUAUAAUGUUAUUUUUAUAUUAUAAAUAAUUAUAAAUUUAACCAAAGAACAAUAAAAGAACAGAAAUAUUUAUUUGUA